AUGGCUCCCGCCUCCCAUGUUGACAUUGACCCCGAUGGAGACGUCUUAGCAAUUCUUCUCCGGCCGGUAGAGCCAUUCGCACCCUGGCCUUCGGACGCCGAGGAUGAAUCCAGUGCACCCGUUGCUAACGAUGAGGCUAGUAAUAAUGGCGAAUCCCAGGAAAGUACUGCACACGAUAAGCGUACGCUCCGCCUUUCCUCGAAACACCUCAUGCUAGCAUGUCCGCGUCUCAAGGCCAUGUUCACGGGACAGUGGGAAGAAGUCACGAAGAUACAUUCGGAUGGACUGCAGCAUUGGGAUCUCGGCGACAAUUUAGACCCGGAUGCCUUUGUUAUUGUCAUGAACAUUAUCCAUGGCCGUAACCGCAGUGUACCGCAAAAAGUAGAUCUCGAGAUGCUAGCCAAGAUAUGCGUCAUCAUCGAUGAUUUAGAAUGCCAUGAAGCCACCGAAUUGUUUUCACGGGUGUGGCUAAUGGCAUUUGGUGGGAAGACACCUUCUACUUACUGUAGAGACUUGAUUCUCCGGAUCUUUGUGGCAUCAGUGUUGCGCGAACCGGAUAUAUUUCUGAUAACCACUCGAACGGCCAUGUUGAGUAGUGCACAAGAGAUUCGCAGUCUUGGACUUCCAAUCCGCCUAGAUAUCGUCGAACGGAUGGAAGGGGGCCGAAAACGUAUGCUCAGAGACACGAUUCGCUCCCUCCACGGAGUCGCCGACACGCUCUGCGGGGUUAAGCCGAGGUGUAGCUACGAAUGCGAUGCUAUUCUUUACGGCAUGUUGAUAAAGCAGAUGCGCGACAUUGGCCUGCCGCGGCCCGGCGAGGCCAUACCAGAUCAGGGUUUCGCCAUGGAAUCCUUGGUGAGGAGUAUAUGCCAAUUCAAAGACCCGACGUGGUUCAGUCAGAUGGACGUGGCUCACCAGUUCCAGGCCGAACCCGAGCCUCCCAAAUCAAGUCCGUUCGGCUCGUUCGGCUCGUUCGGCUCGGCGCCUCUCGUGUCGCAGCCCGCCAGCCCGAGCCCAUCCAUAUUUGUCCCCCCUGCUUCAAGCCCGCUUGCCUCGAAGCCUCCACUCAAAGCUCCUACUGAAUAA